AGUUAGAAGGGCUGUUUGUCAUCCGGCCAGGGAGUCAACGUUGUUGAAUCCUUUUCAACGUUUUUUUUUUUUUUUUUUUACAUAUCCUCUCUUCGUCUCGCUUUAAUGCCGAAAUUCGGGUCGUUUGUUCCGGGUGUUACUGCCCUACGCGUCCGUUGCUAGGCGAUGGACGAGCAGCCGAUUCAGGUGAGCGACGAAGAGCUAGUGGUUUUGCGAGAAGAUAGCUGGAGGCGGAGACGCAGGAAGGCCAUCACGUCGUCGUCCUGCGCCUCCAUGGAUCACGUCAUCGUGGAGUUCGUUCUCCCCACAUCGUCGGGGGGCGACGACUGCCCUGACUCGCUGCAAUUAGAGGUCGCGGGAAACUGGACGGUGGAGCAGGUGAAGGCUCAGGUGUGGCUCAGCGCGGUGACGUCCAACCUCUGCCCGGAAUUCUACAAGCGGUUUUCUCCUGACCACUGCAUCUUGCUCUACCAGAAGAAAGGCAACACGUGCGAGAUCUACGACAAGCACCAAGUCUUCCAGACGCUGGACUGCGUACACUAUUGGAGAGCGCUGAAGAAGGACGUGGGGCAGAUUAAGCUAGUGCCUCGUCCGCAGCCGUCGGACGAGACCCUCCGGUACCAGCGGUUCCUCAACUACCUGAUCGGCUACGACGUCACGGACGUCAGUAACGUGCACGACGACGAGCUGGAGUUCACGCGCCGGAAGCUGCUGACGCCCCGGCGCAUCGAGCUGUCCGAUCGCGACGCAAAGUUCUACUCCAUGGACCCCUGGGUGACGCGCAAGCCGCUGCCUGAGCACCUCCAGGGAAAGGUCAGUAACGGCCACGUCCUGGUGGUGAUCCACAUCAGCAUAACAAGUCAAACCAUCAAGGUGUCCAUUGACGACACACCAGCGCAGGUUUUGUCCAGCUUCUUCUCCAAAACUGCAAAUAAGAGAGGGUUACUGGGCAUCCCCGACGAGACGUGCGAGGCAGACUUUGUACUGCGCGUGUGUGGCAGGGAGGAGUUUCUGUACGGGGAUAAACCGCUGCGCAACUUCAACUGGAUCCGUCAGUGUCUGAAAAACGGCGAGGAGAUCCACUUGGCUCUGGAGACGAUGCCGGAUCCCGAACUGGAUCUGGUCCACGAGGAGGACUGGGCCCAAGUCGACGAUUGCACCGGUGUGGCAGGGACGCAUGAGCAGCUGACAAUCGACGGGAAGGACCACGAGCGUGUGUUCACCAUCUCCAUGUGGGACUGCAACAGAAAGUUCCGGGUGAAGGUGCUGGGGAUCGACAUCCCGACUCUCCCCAAAAUCUCAGACUUUGUCGUGUUCAUCGAGGCCAGCAUCUUCCACAGUCAGCAGCUCCUUGCCCAGGAACGGACGACCCCCAAAGCCUUCAACGAGGAGGUUUUGUGGAACUGCUGGUUGGAGUUUAACAUUAAAAUCAAAGACCUGCCUAAAGGCUCUCGACUCAACCUGCAGGUAGUGUGCAGAAAACAGCCCCAGACUCCAAACUCCAAAGCAUCCUCCUACCAGGAUAACGCGUCGGGAGGCGGAAGUCACGACGGCAAGACGAAGAACCGCCUCUUGUACUACGUCAAUCUGCUGCUGAUCGACCACCGCUCGCUGCUGCGCCAGGGGGAGUUCGUCCUGCACAUGUGGAAAAUGCCCGAGAAGAGCGAGGAGAGCAGCAGCAGCAGCAUCAACGCCGACAAGCUGACGUCUGCUACGAACCCGGACAAGGCUUCGUCCAUGGCCGUCGCCAUCUUGCUGGAUAAGUACUGCUACCCCGUGGUGCUUCCCAAGAGCCGCGACCUGAGCCGGGACGCCGGGCCCGCCGCCGAGGAUGGCGACGGACGCGAGCGGGGUCAAAGGGAGAUGCCAAACCACCUGAGGAAACAGUUUGGGGCCAUCGUGGCCACUGACCCGCUACAUCCGUUAAGUCCUGAGGACAAAGAGCUGCUCUGGCAUUUCCGACACGAGUGUAUGCGUGACCCCAGGGCCUACCCGAAGCUGCUGUCUUCGGUCAGGUGGGGCAAACAGGAAGACGCCCUCGCCACCCACCGGCUGUUGGAACGCUGCACCGCGUGGGACAGCAGCGUUUUGGACGUCGGCUUGGCCAUGCAGCUGCUGGACUGCCACUACUCUGACGCCCAGGUCCGGUCCAUGGCCGUGCGGAAGCUGGAGACGCUGGAGGACGACGACGUGCUGCGAUAUCUUCUGCAGCUUGUCCAGGCGGUCAAGUUUGAGCCCUACCAUGACAGCGCUUUGGUCAGGUUCUUGCUCAAGAGAGCUCUGAGGAGUAAGCGUAUCGGCCAUUUCCUCUUCUGGUUCCUGCGCAGCGAGAUUGCCCAGUCCAAGCAUUACCAGCAGAGGUACGCGGUCCUGCUGGAGGCCUACUUGCGGGGGUGCGGCGAGGCCAUGCUGCAGGAUUUUGGGAAACAGGUGGAGGUGACCGAGGCGCUGCAGAAAGUCACCCGAGAGAUCAAGACUAUGUCUCCAGACAAGGAUGAUGUCACACCACAAGUGGUGUGCCAGAUGCGUCAGAAGCUGGACACGCUCCAGUCGUCCGGUCUUCCGGAAGGUUUCAGGGUCCCCUAUGAUCCCGGACUAAGAGCUGGAGCCCUGCUGAUCGAGCAAUGCAAAGUGAUGGCGUCCAAGAAGAAGCCACUGUGGCUGCAGUUUAAAAGGGCCGACCCCACCACUCUGUCCAAGGACCCCAUUGGCAUCAUCUUCAAGCACGGCGACGACCUCCGACAGGACAUGCUCAUCCUGCAGAUUCUGCUGAUCAUGCAGUCCAUCUGGGAAACUGAAUCUCUGGACCUGUGCCUGCUGCCUUACGGCUGCAUCUCCACCGGAAACAGGAUAGGUAUGAUCGAGAUCGUGAAGGACGCCACCACCAUCGCCAACAUCCAGCAGAGCGUCGUCGGAAGCACCGGAGCCUUCAAAGACGAAAUCCUCCAUCAGUGGCUGCGGGAUAAGUGCGUCAGCGAAGACAAGUUUCAGCACGCCGUAGAGAGAUUUUUGUAUUCGUGCGGCGGCUACUGCGUGGCCACCUACGUCCUCGGCAUCGGCGAUCGCCACAACGACAACAUCAUGAUCACGGAAUCGGGGAAUCUCUUCCACAUCGACUUCGGUCACAUCUUGGGGAACUACAAGAGCUUCAUGGGAAUCAGUAAGGAGUGGGUUCCGUUUGUGCUCACGCCAGACUUUUUGUACGUCAUGGGAACGUCGGGAAAGAAAAGCAGCCCGCACUUCCAGAAAUUCCAGGAUGUGUGCGUGAAAGCUUACCUCGCCCUUCGCCACCACACCAACCUCCUCAUCAUCCUCUUCUCCAUGAUGCUGAUGACCGGCAUGCCCCAGCUGACCAGCAAGGAGGACAUCGAGUACAUCCGGGAGGCCCUCACUGUGGGCCACAGCGAGGACGAGGCGCAGCGCCACCUCUUGGACCAAAUCGAGAUCUGCCGCGAGAAAGGCUGGAUGGUGCAGAUCAACUGGUUCGUUCACCUGGUGCUCGGGAUCAAGCAGGCGGUGGACAAACGGUCCACGUGAGCGUUGGUGAUGUUUCAAUCCCAUGACUGCUUUGACCAAGUCAGUUGUAAAGUAUUUUAUGUCCCGGUACCCGCAAGUCUUAAUAUUUCACCCACCCCACAAUGUAGAAUUCCUUAUUAGCGACUUUUCUUGUUGUAUGACCUUUUUUGGACUUUUUUGGUCCACUGUACGGCACUUCACCGACCGCAGCUUCCCUAUGUUGCAGAUUAUUUUUUUUUUUUAAGCAUAUCUACUGUGCAUAAACCUCCACUGUAUAAAACACAUCUGUUUAUAAUAAUUGAAUUUUAGGGGAUUUUACAGUUUUUUUACGUCAUAUCUUCAUUUUCAUUCGCUCUCAACCUAACAACCAGUUCUGGGAUACAUUCGGCAUUACUGCCAUUUAGCGGUAUUCACUUAUAAUUGUACAGUUUUUUUUUUUUAUUGUUCAAAUUUGUUUAUAAUGUUUUAAUAAGUAUACAUUUUUAAAGCAUGUGGGAGAGGUAAAACCACUUUUUUUUUGGUAGUUUUCUCUUUAUACCUCUCUUGAUUAGGUCAGGCUGAGCCUCACCUGCAUUGCGAAGACUUCAAAAAUAAAGAAAUGAUUGACAUAUACAUUUUUCUUCAUU